ACGCACGGAGCAACACUCCUGUCUUUACUCUCUCUAUACGAGAGCUCUACUGAAUUAUUGACUGAGAGAGUAUGUGUAGGUCGACUUGGGUCAAGACCUGACACUCCUUAAUAAGCACCCUGACACAGGCUUAACUCGAGCUAACCUGACUCAUCAUAGCCCAACCCAUACGGACCUGACUCUCCUUAGUAACUAUGGGACCUCAUCCCAACCCCAACAUAAAAGAGGGGUCAUACAUACAUUCCAACAUAGCGAAAUACUUCCAUGACGUGUUUCAUCUCUGCCCUGCAGUUGCUGCCUAUCCUACGACAAUAUGGCCGCCUGACAGUUGGGUGGCUUCACCCAGGACGCCUCAAGGCCACUCCAACCUUCCUAUCUCAAUGGACUGCCAUGUGUAGGCCUGCUGGUCAGCCCUCAACAUUACACAGACUACGGUGGAGGGAUGGCCCGGAUGAGACGAAUGACAGAAUCAGCAGGGAGGCGGUGGAGAAAUGUCUGGAAAGACAGAAGAAAUGGGAAGGCAGCAGAACCAGACGAGUUGCCGAUCCAAAGGCAUGGCUGAGGAGCAUGGAGCUAUAAUAUACAUCAAUGCCCGGGAGUGAUCCCGAGCCACCUGUAGCGACAUUAUCAAGAUCAAGAUCACUGGCGCCAAUAGUCCCUGUUUAUGGUCACGGUGGAGGGAUCAGAGGCGGCGUCCGCGUGGUGCUGUGGUCAGUGGUCAGGGCACGCCGAGUGUGCGGCAGAUUGCGCCUGUGUUUGAGCUGGCCUGGGUCACCUGUGGCCACCUGGUCACCUGUCUACUCUGUGUCUGGUGGAGGGAACAGAGGCGGCGUCCCCGUGGUGCUGUGGUCAGUGGUCAGGGCCCGCCGAGUGUGCGGCAGAUUGCGCCUGUGUUUGAGCUGGCCUGGGUCACCUGUGGCCACCUGGCGGAGUGGCGGUGCCUCCCUGGCCUCACCUGAGGGCGUGCAGCAGGACACCAGUGGUGAGAGAGCAAGACCCAACCAGCAAAUUCCCCAUCCAUUCUGCCCCAGAGACCCUCAGCAGGACAUCAGUGGUGAGAGACAAAAAGACCCGACCAGCAAGCCCUCCCAUCCAUUCUGCCCCAGAGUCCAUCAGGUUAUUGGCCGGCAUGUCCUCCUGUCCAUUCUACCCCAGAGCCCCUCAGGUAUGUGGCCGGCAAGUCCUCCCGUCCAUUCUGCCCCAGAGCCCCUCAGGUGCCAGAUUGGCAUCCAGUGGCGGGACUCCCUCUGUGCAUCCUCGGUGCAGCCCCAGUGUUCCUGCAGAACUGACCACUACCAAGAGCAGUGUUGCAAUGGAGGAUGUGAUGCCAGGCAGCAGCAGUAGCAGCAGUAUGAACAGAUGGGAACAGUUGCUCUUCUAGACAGGGUGGAAUCAAAAGCUUUUCGUCUCAUCAACUCCUCUCCUCUCAGUGACUUUCUUCAGCCUCUCUCUCACUGCCGCAAUGUUGCAUAUCUAGCUGUCUUCUACUGCUAUUUUCAUGCUAACUGCUCUUCUGAUCUUGCUAACUGCAUGCCUCCUCUCCUCCUGCUAACUCUGUACAGGGGCCUUUUCCGUCCAUGUAUGGAGUAUGCUUGACAUGUCUGGGGGGUUCCACUCAUACUGCUCUUCUAGACAGGGUGGAAUCAAAAGCUUUUCGUCUAAUCAACUCCUCUCCUCUAACUGACGGUCUUCAGCCUCUCUCUCACUGCCACAAUGUUGCAUAUCUAGCUGUCUUCUACCGCUAUUUUCAUGUUAACUGCUCUUCUGAUCUUGCUAACUGCAUGCCUCCCCUCCUCCCGCGGCCUUGCUGCACAAGACUUUCUUCUUUCUCUCACCCCUAUUCUGUCCACCUCUCUAACACAAGAGUUAACCAGUAUUCUCAAUCAUUCAUCCCUUUCUCUGGUAAACUCUGGAACUCCCUGCCUGCUUCUGUAUUUCCACCUUCCUAUGACUUGAAUUCCUUCAAGAGGGAGGUUUCAAGACACUUAUUCAUCAAUUUUUGACCACUGCUUUGACCCUUUUAUGGGACUGGCAUUUCAGUGGGCAUAUUUUUUAUUGGAUUUUUGUUGCCCUUGGCCAGUGUCCUUCCUACAUAAAAAAAAAUAAAAAUAAAAAACCACAAGUGUGACCACUGCAGGAAGACAUUUGCCCAGAAGAGUCAUCUUGCCUCACACAUCCUCACCCACACUAGGGAGAGAAUGUUCCAGUCCCUGGAGUGUGGGAAAAGAUUUACCAGGAAGGGUUCCCUUGACAGACACAUCCUCACCCACACUGGGGAGAGAAAGUUCCAGUGCGUGGAGUGUGGGAAAAGAUUUACCAGGAAGGAUUCCCUUGACAGACACAUCCUCACCCACACUGGGGAGAGAAAGUUCCAGUGCCUGGAGUGUGGGAAAAAAUUUACUCGGAAAGGUCAUCUUGACACACACAUCCUCACCCACACUGGGGAGAGAAAGUUCCAGUGCCUGGAGUGUGGGAAAAGAUUUAUCCAUAAAGGUUAUCUUAACAAACACACCCUCACCCACACUGGGGAGAAAAAGUUCCAGUGCCUGGAGUGUGGGAAAAGAUUUAUCCAUAAAGGUGAUCUUAACAAACACAUCCUCACCCACACUGGGGAGAGAAAGUUCCAGUGCCUGGAGUGUGGGAAAAGAUUUAUCCAUAAAGGUGAUCUUAACAAACACACCCUCACCCACACUGGGGAGAAAAAGUUCCAGUGCCUGGAGUGUGGGAAAAGAUUUACUCUGAAAGGUCAUCUUGACACACACAUCCUCACCCACACUGGGGAGAGAAAGUUCCAGUGCCUGAAGUGUGGGAAAAGAUUUACUCAGAAAGGUCAUCUUGACAGACACAUCCUCACCCACACUGGGGAGAGAGAGUUCCAGUGCCUGGAGUGUGGGAAAAGAUUUACUCGAAAAGGUCAUCUUGACACACACAUCCUCACCCACACUGGGGAGAGAAAGUUUCAGUGCCUGGAGUGUGGGAAAAGAUUUACUCUGAAAGGUGAUCUUAACAAACACACCCUCACCCACACUGGGGAGAGAAAGUUCCAGUGCCUGGAGUGUGGGAAAAGAUUUAUCCAUAAAGGUGAUCUUAACAAACACAUCCUCACCCACACUGGGGAGAGAAAGUUCCAGUGCCUGGAGUGUGGGAAAAGAUUUAUCCAUAAAGGUGAUCUUAACAAACACAUCCUCACCCACACUGGGGAGAGAAAGUUCCAGUGCCUGGAGUGUGGGAAAAGAUUUACUCUGAAAGGUCAUCUUGACACACACAUCCUUACCCACACUGGGGAGAGAGAGUUCCAGUGCCUGGAGUGUGGGAAAAGAUUUACCAGGAAGGGUUCCCUUGACAGACACAUCCUCACCCACACUGGAGAGAGAAAGUUCCAGUGCCUGGAGUGUGGGAAAAGAUUUACCAGGAAGGGUUCCCUUGACAGACACAUCCUCACCCACACUGGGAAGAGAAAGUUCCAGUGCCUGGAGUGUGGGAAAAGACUUACCCAUAAAGGCAGUCUUGACAGACACACCCUCACCCACACUGGGAGAUAGUAAAGUGGCCGUCUUCUACAACAAGGACAUUCCAGCAGGGAGACACACACACAAGGUGUGUGUGUCUGAUGUUGUUAUCUGAUGACCUGAUAUUGUUAUCUGGAACAAAGAAGAGAAAACAGCCAAAAUGAUAGAUGUUGCAGUCCCCAGUGACUGUGGCCUCAGUAGAGCUGAAAGGAAAAAAAUUACAAAAUAUCAAGACCUAAGAAAUGACCCACAUACAACGUGGUCACUGACGGACGUCGGUAUAACACCAGUGGUGGUGGCGGCGACAGGGCUGAUGAAGAAAAACCCGGAGAGCUGCCCUGAGGCAAUCCCUGGUCCCCCAAGUGCCCACGAGGUACAAACAGCUGCGGUCAAGGGAACAGUUGCUGUCCUGAAGAGAGUCCUCAGAUACACUGCUAACACUGCUUAGGGUGUAACUUUAGACCCCAGGCUUGGGGCCCAUUGCACUCACCAAACAAUGAAACAAGAAAAUGCAGAAAACAGGGAGAGAAAGUUCCCAGGCCUGCAGUGUGGGAAAAGAUUUGCCCUGGCAAUACCAGUGGUGACUUGUGGGUGUGGUGUGGUGACUGGCCACAUUACUGCCACAAACCAGCUGGCAAUACCAGUGGUGACUUGUGGGUGUCGUGUGGUGACUGGCCACAACAUUACUGCCACAAACCAGCUGGCAAUACCAGUGGUGACUUGUGGGUGUGGUGUGGUGACUGGCCACAACAUUACUGCCACAAACCAGCUGGCAAUACCAGUGGUGACUUGUGGGUGUGGUGUGGUGACUGGCCACAACAUUACUGCCACAAACCAGCUGGCAAUACCAGUGGUGACUUGUGGGUCUGGUGUGGUGACUGGCCAAAAGGUUUAUCCUGCAAUGUAAUGUUGACAAACAUCCUCACCCACACUGUGGUAAGGAAGUACAGGUGUGGUGUUUGUGGCAGUGUUUGUGUAGCAAGAGUGGUGUUGCCAGACACAUCCAAACACACCUGUGGGGGGUGAGGUGUUGUGGUUGUGGUGGUGGUGUGUGAGGGACUUGGAGUGACUAGUGUUUGUGUGUUGUUACUUUGUACUCAAGUGUUGGAACAAACUUUUGUUGCUAGAAUGCUGAGUUAUGUUGUUAACAGUAUUUAAUGUGUGUGUGUGUGUGUGUGUGUGUACAAAAUGGCCAGUAUUAAUCCUCACAUGACAAACACAGCAGUGGAUGACUGGAAUAGACUCAGUAGUCAGGUUGUUAGUGCAGAGUGAGUCAUUACAGAGCUUUGAAUUGUUAGACAAGUGUUUGGACAGGGAUGACAGGUGGAAACAGACAGGUGUGUUUUGUACAGGGACUGCCACGUGUAGGCCUGAUGGCUUCCUGCACCAACCCUUGUGUUCUUGUGUACUACUACUACUACUACUAUUAAUAAUAAUAAAACACUUAAUUUC